AGAGUGAGUUCUAAAUGCAAUAGUUGAAACUUGUCAUUGAAUAAGUCAUUCUAGAUUGCACGCUCAAUUCUUCAUGCGCCAGUAGACGAAGAUUCUUCCAAAAUUGGUUCACUUUGGCAACUUUUCGUUUGUUCAAAUGCUCCAACGUACAAGUUAAACUUCAACAGGUUACAUGUGCAUUUCAAAGACAAGUUCAAACCUGCAAAGUGUAUAUGUGUUGGAGCUACAGUGAGCUUCUGGAUGCUUAUAUGAAUGCAAUUGAGAAAAUAAGCAGAGUGGAUAAUUGUCACUCAUUUGGCAUGAAACUGAAAUGGACCAUAUUAGGAGAUUGGCUAGAUUAUUGGAGACAGUUUUUGUUUGCCGAGCUGGAAAAUCAGUGGGAUGGCGGUAGAGCUUGUUAACUCUGCAACAAGUGACAAACUCACUGAAAUAGAUUGGACGAAAAAUAUUGAAAUAUGUGAAUUGGUUGCAAGUGAUCACAAGCAAGCUAGAGAUGUUGUUAAAGCUAUAAAGAAACGGUUGGGAAGUAAAAGCCCGAACUCACAACUCUUCUCAGUAAAUUUGCUGGAAAUGUUGAUAAACAAUAUCGGAGAACCUGUUCAUAAGCAGGUUGUUGAUACAGGAAUCCUUCCAAUACUUGUAAAGAUAGUAAAGAAAAAGUCAGAUCUACCCGUACGAGAGAAGAUAUUUCUUCUUCUAGAUGCUGCACAGACUUCUCUUGGCGGAGCUUCCGGGAGGUUCCCCCAGUAUUAUGCUGCAUAUUAUGAGUUAGUGAGUGCAGGCGUGGAGUUUCCUCAAAGAUCUCUUGUCUCCUCCGAACCGCAUGCUCUGUCAAAUGAGAAUAAAAAUAAUCAACGAGACAACAAUCAUGUCUCUUCUAGAUGUGAAGUAAAAUACCCACAAGCAGAGCCUCAAAAAGUUCCCGACAACAGUAUCCUACAGAAGGCUGCCGCUGCUCUAGAGGUUCUAAGAGAAGUCCUUGAUGCUGUCGACACUCAGCAUCCUGAGGCAGCAAAGGAUGAGUUCACGCUUGAUCUUGUGGAGCAAUGUUCAUUUCAAAAGCAACGAGUGAUGCAUCUUGCUAUAAGUUCUCGGGAUGAAAAGGUGGUCUCCCAAGCUGCGGAGCUGAACGAGCAGCUUGAUAGAGUUCUUAAAAGACAUGAUGCACUUCUUUCUGUUAGGCCAACCUCCACGUCAAAUCCACAUGAUCACGGGCAAUCAGAAGAAGAGGAGGAGCCUGAUCAGCUUUUCCGAAGAAUAAGAAAAGGAAAAGCUCGGCUACAGCCGGAAGAUGAAGGCAGCCAAGUAGAACGUCCUUUUGGGUUGCUAGGAUCUGCAGUUCCAGAGGGUAUGCUACAUCGUCCACUUAUAAGGCCAGUGGUUACGGAGCAGAAGCAAGAAAAUGACAUUGGAAAAACAGGUGUUGCAAUUCCUCCACCACCUGCAAAACAUGCUGAGAGAGAAAAGUUCUUCCAGGAAAACAAGUCUGAUGGUUCUACAGUGUCUGGUCAUAUGAGGGGCCUCUCCAUACAUAGUCGCAACGCCAGCAGCUCACGCAGUGGCAGCAUUGAUUUCAGUGAAUAAUAUGCUUUCUUAUGUUUAUCCCUUUUCUUACUUGAAGUUUCUUUCACCUGUAUCAAGCUUUUCUUCUUGAGUGCUGUUUAUGUUAUGUGGAUUUUGUGGGGAGAGGGUUGGAGUUUGUCAUCAUUCGUAUAUGCUAGUUUAAAGUUCCCUGGAUAGUCUGUCAAGACUUGAGAAUUAAAUAUUUUUGAUAUACAUGGAUUUUGUUAAA